GAGCUCAGGCGCGCCAGCGGUCUCGGUCCUAGUUGCUUCCUUCAGCCGCCGUCGCGGUGCUGUCGCUGCCGCUAUCGCUCCCGGCACGGUCGUCUCCGCCGAGCCGCGGGCGCCGCGGGAGGGAGCGGCCGUGUGUCCGCCGCCCGUCGGUGGAGUUGGAGGCCGGUCCUCCUGGAGUUGGGCCGGGGCCGGGCACGGCGCUGACGGCCCCGCGGAGCGGAGACCUCCGGAGGAGGGGAAGGCGGCCCGGCGGCGGCUCGGGUCCGGCCGCCCCUGGAGCCCGGAGGAGGCCGGCGGGACGAUGUCCGGGAGGUCGGGGCCGCUCUCCACCACCGAGCGCGUCGUCAAAGGUGUCCCCUUUCCUCCAACUGAAAGGCUUACUAUGAAGGAAGUUUUUGAGAAUGGGAAACCUAAAAUGGAUGUUUUGAAAAACCAUUUGAUAAAGGAAGGCCGAGUGGAAGAGGAAGUAGCCUUGAAGAUCAUCAACGAUGGGACUGCCAUCCUGAAACAAGAGGACACGAUGAUUGAUGUGGAAGCUCCAAUCACAGUGUGUGGCGAUGUCCAUGGACAAUUCUUUGAUCUGAUGAAGUUGUUUGAGGUUGGAGGAUCACCUACUAAUACAAGCUACCUCUUUUUGGGUGACUAUGUGGAUAGAGGCUAUUUCAGUAUAGAGUGUGUGCUGUAUUUAUGGGGUUUAAAGAUUAAUCAUCCUAAAACAUUGUUUCUGCUUCGAGGAAAUCAUGAAUGCAGGCAUCUUACAGAAUAUUUCACCUUCAAACAGGAAUGUCGGAUCAAAUAUUCAGAACAGGUGUAUGAUGCAUGUAUGAUUACAUUUGACUCUCUUCCUCUUGCUGCCCUCUUAAACCAACAGUUUCUCUGUAUACAUGGAGGAAUGUCACCUGAAAUUACUUCUUUAGAUGACAUUAGGAAAUUAGACAGGUUUGUUGAACCUCCCGCCUUUGGGGCAGUGUGUGACCUGCUUUGGUCUGAUCCCUUAGAGGAUUAUGGUAAUGAGAAGACCGGGGAGCACUAUGCCCACAACUCUGUCCGAGGAUGUUCUUAUUUUUUCAGUUACCCUGCAGUUUGUGAAUUUUUGCAGAACAACAGUUUAUUAUCAAUAAUUAGAGCUCAUGAAGCUCAAGAUGCUGGGUAUCGAAUGUACAGGAAGAACCAGGCAACCGGCUUUCCAUCACUUAUUACAAUUUUCUCUGCCCCCAAUUACCUAGAUGUCUAUAACAAUAAAGCUGCAGUGUUGAAAUACGAAAACAAUGUCAUGAAUAUCAGGCAGUUUAAUGCUUCUCCACACCCCUACUGGCUUCCAAACUUUAUGGACGUUUUCACUUGGUCUUUGCCUUUUGUUGGGGAAAAAGUGACAGAGAUGCUGGUUAAUGUUCUCAGCAUAUGCUCUGACGAUGAACUGAUUCCUGAGGAGGAAACAGAAGGAGGCACUCCAGUCCGAAAAGAGAUCAUCAAGAAUAAGAUCAGAGCCAUUGGGAAGAUGGCACGGGUUUUUUCAAUUCUUCGGGAAGAGAAUGAGAGUGUGCUGACUCUCAAGGGCCUCACUUCCACAGGCACACUUCCCCUAGGUGUCCUCUCAGGAGGAAAGCAGACCAUUGAGAAAGCUACAGUCCAGGCGAUACGUGCCAAGGAAGGAUAUUCGAUUACGAAUAAAAUCCGGAGUUUUGAAGAAGCUCGAGGUCUGGACCGAAUUAAUGAGCGAAUGCCACCUCGAAGUGAUAAUAGGUCCGACGAUGGUCCAAUGAAAUCAGUACCUACUACCCAAAGGAGUGGCCAGAGGAAGAAAGCCCAGUAAUGACCCAAUCCUGCCGCGGUGGAUCGCGAACCGACAAACAAAUGCUAUUUAUUAUUGGAAAGUGAAACACAAAUAACUCAACUAACUUAAACCUGGAGGUGCGUUCAGAAUUCAGUCUGCAUUUAUUCUCUAAGAAGGUGAACAUUUUAUAAAUUCUUUUAGUUGUGUUCAAUAUACAUAUAUAUAUAAAGUGCAUCUGUCUUGUUCUUUUCAUCUAAUUUUUGAAAAUUAAUCUGAUUGUUAUAGAUAUAUAUGUGAAAUCUUGUUAAUACAUAAAAGAAACCUUCCCGUAAUAAAAGGGCCUUGGAAACCUCAACCUGGGUUUCUGACUU